ACUGGGUCACCUCAAGCCGCAAAGACGUGUCAGUUCUGUCACCCUGUCUUGAAACGAGUUGCAGGAACUAUUCUAAAAGAUGUCGUCUGUUGACUGUCCCUCUGUCUUGCCUAUACCAGACAGUAAGAAGGAAAGGUGUGAGAAGUUAAAAGCAGCCUUCAUUACCAAAUAUGGUCAUCCUCCGACCUUCAUUGCACGGGCCAGUGGACGUGUUAACCUCAUAGGUGAACACAUCGACUACCACGGCUAUUCAGUGUUACCUAUGGCAAUAGAACAGGACAUCUUGGCAGCUGUCUCUACAAAUGAUGAAGGCAAACUGAAACUGGCAAACACAAACCCAGGUUACAAGGAUUUUGAAAGUAGCUCAAAGGAGAGCCCUAUAGACAAGAACAACCCUUCCUGGGAGAAGUACUUCCUAUGUGGUAUGCGUGGUGUUGUGGAACACCUGGGUUUGGAGGAAGUGAAGGGUAUGAGCUGUGUACUGGAUGGCCUCAUUCCUUCCUGUGCCGGCCUUUCUAGCUCUAGCGCACUUGUCUGCUGCGCUGCGCUCUGCACCAUGCAUGCCAACGCUCAGAGGCUAUCUAAGACAGAGUUAUCUGACCUUUGUGCGAGCUGUGAGCGCUACAUUGGCACGGAGGGGGGAGGAAUGGAUCAAGCCAUCUGCUUCUUGGCCAAACCAGGAAUUGCCAAGUUGAUUGACUUCAAGCCUCUCAAGACAACAGACAUCAAGUUACCCGAGGGUGCUGUAUUUGUGAUCAGUAACAGCUGUGUUCAGAUGAACAAGGCAGCCACAACUCACUUCAAUGCCAGAGUAGUGGAGGGCAGGUUAGCGUGUCAGUUAAUAGCUAAAGGGAAUGGCUUAGCCUGGCGUGAUAUGAAGCGCCUGAAGGAUUUACAAGUCACCCUGGGGGUCAAACUGAGCGACAUGCCAGAAGUGGUUAAGGCAGCCAUACAUCCUGAACCUUACACCAAAGAUGAGCUGUGUGGAAUUCUGGGAGUUUCAGCAGAAGAACUGGCUCAGACCAGCUUAAGUGCCAACACAUCUGAAAUGCAGAACUUCAACCUGUAUGACAGAGCCAUGCAUGUGUACCAAGAAGCAGAAAGGGUGUACCAGUUCAAGGAGACAUGUGAGAACAGCCCAUCCAAUGUGAUGGAAGGGUUAGGUCAGCUGAUGAGCGAUAGUCACAGGAGCUGCCGAGACUUGUACCAGUGCAGCUGUCCUGAGCUGGAUGAUUUGGUGGAGACAUGUCUGAAGGCUGGCGCAUACGGUUCUCGUCUGACAGGGGCAGGAUGGGGUGGAUGUGCCGUGUCUCUUGUCCCAACCAAUCAGGUGCAGGCAUUCCUGUCACAAGUCACUGCAGAGUUUUACAACAAGGAUGAGAGAAGAGCCAGUCAGAUCAAAGAGAGCUUGUUUGCCACUGCCCCUGGUGGAGGUGCUGCCCUCUAUUGUCUGUAA